GUGGCGGUCCCGGGGAGUUGGUUCCUGCCAGAGCCAGGCGGCCCGGGAGCCUGGGGGCUCGGGCGGCCGGGCAUCGCCUCUCCCCGGGCAGGGGAGCAAGUUGACAGAUGUGCCUGGGGCGGUCCCUGGUUGGCCUCACCUAUUGUACCUGCUACCUGGCGUCUUACGUCACGAACAAGUAUGUCCUGUCUGUCUUGAAAUUUACCUACCCUACGUUAUUCCAAGGGUGGCAGACGUUCGUUGGCGGACUCCUGCUUCACGUGUCAUGGAAGCUGGGCUGGGUAGAGAUCAACAGCAGCUCCAGGACUCACGUUUUGACAUGGCUUCCUGCUUCGCUGCUGUUUGUGGGUAUAAUCUAUGCUGGCUCCAGAGCCCUGUCCAGACUGGCCAUUGCUGUGUUUCUCAUUUUGCAUAAUGCAGCUGCAGCGAUCGUCUGGGGCUGCCAGACGUGUUUCUGGAAAGAGAAAAUACCUCCUCUAAAGAUCUGCAGUGCCCUCUUCCUCCUGGCUGCCGCGGGAUGCCUUCCCUUCAAUGAUGCCCAGUUUGAUCCGGAUGGAUAUUUCUGGGCUGUAAUUCAUUUACUCUGCGUCGGGGCCUAUCAAAUGGUGCGGCAGACCCGGAAGUCCAGCGCCCUAAGUGACAUUGACCAGCAGUAUUUAAACUAUAUAUUCAGUGUGGUGCUGUUGGCAUUUGCGUCUCCCCCAACAGGUGAUCUCUCCAGCGUCCUGGACUUCCCAUACCUGUAUUUCUACCAAUUCCAUGGCAGCUGCUGUGCCAGUGGAGUUUUAGGAUUCUUUCUCAUGUUAAGUACGGUGAAGCUAAGAAGCCUUCUGGCCCCAGGACAGUGUGCAGCCUGGAUAUUCUUUGCUAAGGUGGUCACAGCUGCUCUGUCCCUCUUGCUGUUUGACAUGAAGCUGACCAGGGCGACUGUGGGGUGGCGCUGUCGAUCCGCAAGGCUCCAGGGGACAAGGAUACUGGGCAAAAUGCUGUGGUGAAGAAGAAAAGAAAAAGAAAAAGCAAAGACAGGGCAAGGGGAGACAAGGGCGACGAUUCCAUCAUUCACUGAACAAACGGUUGCUGGGUGCCGCCCCGGUGUCGGGCCUGCAGCCAGGACAAGGACCCGGUCUCCCUCCUCGGUCUUGUGGGUUCACUAGGAAUUCACUGAACAGCCAGAAUAACAAGUAUAAAAUGUAGCCAGGGCCUUUGCCACCCCCCACCCCCCAAGGAAAAGGAAGGGCUGGAGAGACACUGAAAAUAAAGCCAGAGAGGAGAAGUGAGUGAUGGAUGUCUCUGGACGUGCGCACUCUGCAGUCUGUUUAUGCCUUUGUUACAUGAAAUUUGUUCAUUUUGGGAAUGACGGCGAUUACAAGAUUUGCCAACAGUUCAGUCAAGCCCUGGCUUAAAUGGUUGUAAUGCCAUUAGGAGUCCCAGACCCUGUGUCAGCUUCUCUCCUGCUGUUUAAAAACACCAUCAAAGCUCCCCUCCCUGGCGCUCUUAACCGUAAACUGAACCAAGGUUUGUUUUCAUUUUGGCAUUCACUAAGCUGCUUUGGUGUUUAGUAAAAUCGCUCAGCCAAAGAGAUGAAGCGCAAGGUUAUUCACUCCAGCAUUGUUCUAACUAAGGCUGUGGGAGUAGAAGUGGCCCAGGGCCAGCCCCUCCCCUGGCUUUCCUGCUGGUGAUUAAGGAGGAUUAGUGGCAAGUGUGUGAAAUGGCUGAGCCCCUGUUCCACUCCCAGACACAACGCCUCUGAAACCCAGAGCUCCAAGCUGCCCGCCCGCCCCACAGCCGUGACUGCACCUGCCCAUGGUCGUGAGCAGCCGGCCACUGUGUUGGGGACACUGCGGGGAACAGCAUUCUGCUUAAAAGGAAGAGCCCGAUCUGUAGAGGCGAGCCAUCAGCGAGAAGAGUGGCUUCCCCUUCACAGUCCUCUCUUCUCCAAAGAGUGGAGGCCACGGAGCCUCCAGCGUCUGGGUUGUGAGACGGACGAGCAAGACGCAGGCCCUCGUCCCAGCCUCACACAGGGGCCAUGCUGUGCAAUGUGGCCCUUCUGAACGUGGAACACUGUUUCUCCCAGAAGCUAGGCUCCAUGUGCUAAUUACAGACCCAGGAGAGUCCUUAGAAAUGUCUUUGGGUCAUAGUGAAGACACUAAUGCCAGAUACAUGACUGUGAGUUAAAUAGAAACACUUGAUUUAUUGUGAUUCGUAAUGUAAUUCGGUAGGAAAGGGCAAGUGCAUUCUCAGUUGGAGCUUACGAUACUCAGUGGGCAUCUCGCUUGGCCCUCCAUUGCAGUUGCUAGCUGGUUGGUGGGACAUCCCCUCCCCCCAGCGACUGGCCCCUGGACCAGUAUCACCCUUGUCUUGCCCAGAGCCUGACUGGGGAAUUGUCCCAGGCUCUGUUCUCUCUCGGUCCAGAGAGCAGGACUUGGACUUGCAAAUGGGGUUACAAGAAGCAGCUGUUGCGUCAGUGUGAGGCUGUGUGUGGGUGUGAGAUCACAUCUCGGUCCAUCCCCAGGGCCAACUCCACUGCUGCCUUCCACACUAUCGGGUGCCCAGAGAGCCUUGCUGACUGCGGUGACAAAGCUGCUCAUCUGUGGACAGGUGGCUGGCUUUGCACAGCAGGACAGCCUGCCCCUUGCCAGACGCCUUCACGCCACAUGUGGGUAGCCGGCCAGCCCCUAGGGCCACCCAGGAGAGGAGCAGUUGGCUAGGAAAUCAUCAGAUUUUAUUGGUUGUCCAUUACUGGCCAAGCACAGGGUGGGUUGCUUCAGGGACAAGUGUCGCUAAGCCUCCCAGAUACUGCUCAACGUGAUCAUCUCUGUGGCACAGAGAGGGAGACGAAGGCUGCAUAACACACAAUGAACACUUGAGCCUGAAAUUGAACUCGGGUCUGCCUGAUUCUGAACACUGUUUUGAUAUUCUCACACACGGUUGAUAUGUUAUACUGAAAGUAGAAAGGGGUACAAGUUAUCCCUAAUAGAGUCACCCACCUUGGUGAUACUUUUCACUGGGAAUAUAGCAGGAGCAGCCAUCCAGCACCCAAACGUGUUUGAAGUACAGAGGUGCCACGUGUGACUGUGUAGGUGAUGGGGUGGUGCGUGGGUGGGAAGAAGGGAAGGGAAGUGUCUAACAGGCGGGCCCUGUGGAACACCAGUUCUCUCUCCAAUCACCAUCAUCGUCAUCUCCUUGGGAUGGCCCAGCCUGGUCCCCAGAAGGAAGAUGGGGUCCAGACACCACACACUACUGAGCUGCAAACGGAGCCUGGAGAGACCUUUGGCCGUGUUCCAUUUUAGGCAUGUUAAGACAUUCAGUUCUCCCUUUUCUCACUGUCUCCAGUUCUCCCACGACUUUUUCACUUUCAAAUCCCUGACCACAUUUCUUUCCAUGCUGGUGGGAAUUCAGGAUUCUCCCGUUGUGUUUUUACCGUUAAACGUUCUGUUCGUCUAAAUGAAGUAAAAAGAUCCAGAGACCGUCACCUUAGUAAUGCUGAGAUGCUGGAUCCCUGGGUGAUUUCACAUCCGUCAACCUCUUCAGCAAAGGCAGCAGAGGACUCUGGGGGAAGCCUUUCCCCGGUGCCAGAGGCCUGAAACCGUUCAUGGAGGGCCGGGCACUGGGCCUAGUGGUUACGAUGUCUAUGUCCCACAUCCAGGUAGCUGGGUUCCAGUCCCACUUCCACUCACGACACCGACUUUCUUUCUUUCUUUCUUUCUUUUUUUUUUUUUUUUUUUUGAC